CAGUAGGUAGAAUCAAAAUGAAUUCCAGAGAUGUGCACUGUACCUUGUUUUGGUCCCAAGAAAAGAAAAAAGUGAAGCUUCUUGAAAAGUGUGAUUUGAGAAAGACUAAGGGCUUCUGAGGUCACAACAUACCGUUAGCAGUGGAGCUACAUGGAAAGUGUGAUUUGAGAAAGACUAAGGACUUCAGAGAUCGGAACAUACUGUUAGCAGGAUGAGCAGGAGUGAAGACAGAAAGACAGAGAAACUGGAGGAGACAUUAUGAUACCAGCACCUAGUAUACGGAUUUUCCACAUCCUGUUCAUUUCCUUCACCAUUUUGGGCUGUUUUUUAGCUAUUUUGUUGCUUUAUGUCAAACCAUCUAACAUCUGGGUUUAUCCUCCAUUGGAAUCUGCCACAUCAGCACUUGGUGUGAAAAAACCCUUUGUGACAGGUGCUAAAGAGGAUGAAACUAUUGUGCUCCUUUGGCUUUGGCCUUUUGGUCAGAAAUUUGAACUGAGUUCUUGUGAAUCAACGGUUAACAUCCAUGACUGUCACUUGACUGCGGAUAGGAACCUCUAUAACAAAUCCCACGCGGUCCUUUUCCAUCACCAAGACAUAAGUGGAGACUUGUCCAAUCUGCCCAAGCAGCCACGGCCAACUUUUCAGAAAUGGAUUUGGAUGAAUCUGGAGUCACCUACCCUCGCUUCAAAAAAACCUGGACUUGACCAGCUCUUCAACCUGACCUUGACAUAUCGGUGGGGUUCAGAUAUCGAAGUGCCUUAUGGAUCUCUGAUAAUGAACAAAGUUCCAUUAGCUUUUGAAUUGCCUAGUAAAAGCAGUCUGGUGUGUUGGGUUGUAAGCCACUGGAACAUUAAUCAUGCCAGAGUGAAGUACUACAAUGAAUUCCGCAAAUACAUUAACAUCAGCACUUACGGUCGAGCCUUUGGGAAACGUCUGGAGGAUAAUCAAUUCAUCCCUACCAUAGCUGCUUGUAAGUUCUACCUUGCCUUUGAGAAUUCAAUACAUAAAGAUUACAUAACUGAAAAGCUCUACAAUCCUUUGCGUGUUGGCACCGUACCUGUGGUCUUGGGGCCAUCUAGGAAAAACUAUGAAAAUUACAUUCCGGCCGAUUCUUUCAUUCAUGUGGAUGAUUUCCACUCAGCCAAAGAGCUUGUGGAUUACUUGCACAAACUGGAUGGUAAUAAAGACUUGUACAUGCAAUACUUCAAAUGGAGGAAAUACUACACAGUAAGGAUGCCUCAUUUCUGGGUUGAACAUUUAUGUAAAGCGUGUGAGAAUAUAAAACAACAUCGAAAAUAUAGAUCAUGUUCCAGUUUGGAGAAAUGGUUUUGGGGUUGAACUCUUAAACAUGUCACUGGUAAAUAUCAUGGUUUAUCAACAAUAUCUAUAGAAUUCAAUUGACUUCUUUCUCCAACAGAAAAUAUUUUUGAUUAAUUCUUUUGUUUAACCAAAAAGAACUCUACAGCCUUACAUUGUUCCUGAUUAUGUGAAAAUUCAUCAUGCUUCUGAAACAGCAGCAAUGAAAUUCUGAGCAUCAGAUUCUCAUCUUAAAUUGACUUGAGCUGGAAAGUGUAAUUGCUUUCCAAGGUGAAUGAUUUUAUUUUAAAGAAGCUUCACAUUGUCUUUCCCCUGCCAUUGCCACUUUAGAAAAAUAUUAGAAAGGAUAAUCUUUAUUAGAAAUUAAGGAGAAAGUGUCCUGAAACAAAUUGUAUAGCCAAUCAAAUAUUUUAACUGGAGAAAUGUGAUUCAACUUACAUUAUGGUUUAAAGAAAAUAACUUUAAAUGAUUUAUAAGCACUGUAACUGUUUAUCCAAUUUGAGUAGCGUGGUAAUGCUUUGUUUAGAAUUUAUACUCAUUGACCCUUGAGCACCAAAGUUGCUGUAGCGAUGAUCUUUUAAAUAAAGUGAAUGAGCUGACUUGCAAUUCAGCUCUACAGCCUCUAA